GUUAUUGCUGAGUGGACCGCAAACAUGGCGGCUUCUGUGGAGCAGCUGGGUGAAAUAUUCUAGCUUCGUGAGCGAGAAAGUGUUCAAAGACAGACUGCAGUAAUAUGAAAACAUGGCUUUGAUAAAGCACGUGGUGUGCGCCAUGUCCGGCGGCGUUGACAGCUCCGUCGCAGCGUUACUGCUGAAGAGACGAGGCUACAACGUGACUGGAGUUUUUAUGAGGAACUGGGAUUCUCUGGAUGAGAAGGGGGUCUGCACCACAGAGAAGGACUGUGAGGACGCAUACAGAGUGUGCCAGAGCCUGGAUGUCCCCUUUCAUCAAGUCUCCUAUGUCAAAGAGUACUGGCAUGAAGUUUUCAGUAAUCUGUUGAAGGAAUAUGAGAGGGGAAGAACACCAAACCCAGACAUACUAUGCAACAAGCACAUCAAAUUUAACCACUUCCACAAAUAUGCCAUCGACACCCUGGGUGCUGAUGCCAUGGCAACAGGCCACUAUGCCAGGACAUCACAGGAAGAUGACGAAGUUUUCGAACAGGCUCACACAGCUCCGCCCACCACGCUGUUCAGAGAUCGAUUUGAGAUCCGAAAUCCUGUGAAGCUGUACAAAGGGGCGGAUCUCCUCAAGGACCAGACUUUCUUUCUCAGUCAGAUCCCACAACAAGCCUUACGACAAACCAUGUUCCCGCUCGCUGGACUCACCAAAGAAUUUGUGAAAAAGAUGGCUGCUGAGGCCGGGUUUCACCACGUGCUGAAGAAGAAAGAGAGCAUGGGUAUCUGCUUUAUUGGAGAGAGAAACUUUGAAAACUUCAUCUUGGAGUAUCUGGACCCCAAACCUGGGAACUUUGUCUCCAUUGAGGAUGGAACUGUAAUGGGAACCCACAAAGGUUGGUUCACACUGACACUGGGCCAAAGGGCAAGGAUAGGCGGGCAGAGAGACGCCUGGUUCGUGGUGGACAAAGACAUCGUUACUGGAGAUGUGUUUGUGGCUCCGACAACCAAUCACCCAGCUCUUUUCCGCGACACCGUGCGAACGGAGCGUUUCCACUGGGUAACAGAAGACCCGCCCCCCGAACUAGCCAGGACCCAAAUGAUGGAUUGUCACUUCCGCUUCAUCCACCAGAUGCCGCUCGUUGCCUGCACAGUAACUCUGAACAUGGACGGCUCUGUGUGGAUUUUGCUCUCCCAGCCAGUCAGAGCUCUGACACCUGGACAGUUUGCCGUGCUCUACAAAGGGGACGAGUGUUUGGGCAGUGGGAAGAUCACCCAGCUUGGGCCAAGCGAAUUCACGCUGCAGAAGGGCCGCGAGCGGAUGGUAGCAGCCUUUCAGCGCAAAGAGCAGUCGACCCCUGAACCAGACAGCUGAGAGGAGCUCACAGUCCGGCUGUGGGGGAAAUGCACUGUGUGCAGCACAUGAGCUGCGAGCACCCUGUGAGGAACAUAAGCCAGUCCAAGAGAUGGUUGGACCGGCUUUAGUGACACAGGGCAGAUGCUCAGGGAGGCAGCAGAGGGUUGAUUGGCUUUUUAAAGGCUCCAGGAAACAGCAGCGUUUUGGUUAUGGUUUUUUUUUUUUUUUUACAUAAGUAGAUCUCUACUGUUUUUAACCUAAUAUAACCUAAUCUUUCCGUCCAAGAUCUGUACCAACACCACAGAGAUAACUUCCAGGUACUGCUUGUUGUUGGCUUCACUACGAGGACAAAGAUGCACUCGUGAAAUGCGAUUAUUUAAUUGAAAUUGUGUAAACGAGUAGGUUUGUGCAUCUCUACAGUGCACUGUGUGUUUUCAUAAAAGCAGAAACAAAAAAUGAGCUCACGUUGUUAAGCAGAGCAUUUUCUGAACUGUAGACGGUGCUUCUUUUUUUGUGGUCUGAGGCCUUGAGCUCUGCUUUCUCUUUACUGGGAGACCUGGGUGAAGAUUUGUGAAGUUCUGCUGGACUGUCAGAAUGCUCACGUUUCCUCAGAGGACACUACCUUGUGGGCAGAUCUGGUUGACUCUUGGCUUGUUCUACUUUAUUGGUGUAAUAUGAGAUUAUGUAGUUUGUCUUAAAAGUUUUAAGGCUUCUCAGGUUGGUUUGUUUUUUUCAGACCAGCUAAAAACUUUGAAGGCUACAAAAAAAUUAUUUUUGUAUGUUUCACAACUUCUAUGAUCCAAGUUUAUUCUGUUGUGGAUUUGACGGUGGUUAAAUUAUGACCUAAAAAAAUGCCUGAUAGGAGAGAAAGGAAAUGUGAGAGUAUUGGAUGUUUUUAUCCAUCGGUUGUGCCAUUUAUUUCAGUAGUUGUAAAUUACAAGAAAGAUGAUUUCUAAUGUUGUAUUGUAUUUAAAAUGCCAGGUUAAUGUUUUUUAAAAAACAGCAGUGCUUUCUUCGGGCGCAGGAGAACCAACUCUGUACAAAGUGUACAUUUGAAAAAUGGACUUAAACAAAUAAAUAAAUGCGAAGAGUGA